GGCGUGAAUGAGAUCUUCUUGUCUUCUUUGAUUGGAUGUACAAUAGACUUAUGGCCAUCAACUGCAGCAUAUACCCAGAAUUACACUCUCGAAAGAUUGCUAUCGUUUGAGCUUUCAAUCACACCGGCUCCACUUCGCAUAAAUUCGUCACAAUGGCUCGUGUUUCUGCGCCAGAACUAAAACGAUACCUGGACAAAAGAGUGAUGGUGAACAUCCAAGGAGGAAGAAGGUUACAAGGGGUACUACGUGGAUUUGAUGUAUUUCUAAAUCUCGUCAUUGACGAAAGCACAGAACUUGUCAAACCUGAAGGAGCGUCUGGAAAUACAUGGCAACAAGCAGCUCAUUGUGGAACAGUGGUCGUUCGUGGAAAUAGCGUCACUUCUCUAGAAGGACUGGAAUCGAUCAAUACAAAGAUAACGUCAUGAACCAGCACAUACCCACUGUUUCGGCUGGUCAAGAUAAAAGUGAACUGCUGCAAGUCACACAUGUAUUCCUGUAUUUUUAGCACCGUAUAAAAGGCAAAUCAGAUCUCAUCUCGAGACAUGAGAGAGAGGCAUCCUAUCUGGCAUCAGUGUGA